AUGUCAAAAAUCAUCGACGACGUCAAGACAGGCCUUAAGGGCAUCCGCGGAGCCGGCGACGCUCUACGAGGCGAAGUCCUCGACGCAACAGAUCAAGCCUUUGACACCGACCCCAAACACCCAGAAACUCUCAAGGAUAGCGCCGAUAAUAGAGCUAUCGCUGACAAGGGAAAGCAAGAUAUGCGAGGUGCUGACGAUAUGAUUGCUCGUCGGGAGUGGAAGAAGAAGGGCGUCGAGCCACCUGCGCACGUACAAAGAGACGGUGAGAAGCCGUUGGCGACUGAUAGGCCUAACGAGGGUUUGGGUGGAUAUCCAGAUGAGAAGCCGCCUAGAUACGCCUAG